AUUGUAAAGUUUAUGAGGCAAACCAUUUUCAUAAGUUCUCAACAGUAGAAGACGAUUGGGGUGGACGUUAGAGUCGGCUCUCGAGUUUGCUUUAAAUUUGUAUAGGAAAACAGCGUACUUGACAGAGGAAGGGAGUGACAUAUACGUCGACAUAACUGGUCAAUAUAAUCGUAGUGUUUUAAAACAUAUUUAACCAAGUUUCUCCAGUGGCCGUGGCCUCUGGCUAUACAGCGCUUACACAGAUUAAAACUAUAUUAAUCAUGGAAUAAACAGAUAAAUAAUUUCGAAUUCGUUAUAAAAAUGCUAAUUGAAUGCAAAACAUUCCAAGUAAAAACUAGGGAAUGUAUUACAUUUUGAUUUGAGACAAUUUUGAAAUUCUCUGCCUCUCUCUCUCUCUCUCUCUCUCUCUCGCUCACACACACAUUACAUACAUACAUAGAUAAAAAAAAUUGAAAAUACACAUCAUAAGCAGUUAUUCAAAAACGUCAUCGUGUUAUUAUCUACCGAUGAAACCUGAUGUAACCAAGACUAAUGAGAUCCUUUGGCAGAAUCCAUAACGUGGUAGAAUAAUAUGAAAGAGUACUGGUGGGAUGUCCUAGUGAAAACAUCUAUAAAAUACAAACAAUACACCAGAUAUCAUGAUCUGAGACAGAGAAGUGAAACGUACAGUAGUAGGAAUUUAGUUGCCCAGUGGAUGUCAACAUAAAGCUAAAGAUCCACGAAAAAGGAAACAACUGGACUAUUGAGAAAUUUACAGCUACUCGGAUUACAAGUUCAGAUUCUUAUGGAGACUGGAUUGAUGUCCUGCCUCUGGCCAACUUUGGAGGUCCACUCAGUCUAUAUGAGCUCCACAUCUCCAUUGCUCUCAGAGUGGGAGCUGACAUCUGUAGGGGACUGAGAUGUUGCUGUGGUAGACCACUCGAUCCCACAGGUCUUCACAGUCUGUCUUGCUACCUAAAUGCUGGUCAUUUUGCUUGUCACAUCAAGCUAAACUUAAUCAUUAAGAGGGCCCUGGCUCAGAUCAAUACCCCCUCAGUUCUGGAGCAGACGGGAUUAUCCAAGAAGUGACGGAAAAAUACCAGAUGGUCUUACCCUCUGCCCUCUGGGUAAGUGGGUGCCCCAUCUGGGAUGCCACAGUCUCUGACUCUUUUGCUCCCUCCCACAUCCUGGAUGCUGCAAUAAGUGGGAGGGUCACUGCUUCCAUAGCCAAAUGGAACAAAACCCUGAAGUAUCGGGACCUGGCAGCGAACUAUCUUUUCCAGCCUGUGGCAUUUGAGAUGUUUGGAGGGACUGGACUACUAACAGCACCGUUUUUGUCAUCGUUGGCAACUUACCUCACUGAGGUGACAGGUGAUGCCUAUGAAGGUGCUUGGUUUUUCCAAUGCCUUAGUUUCACCAUUGCCUGUGAUAAUGCCGUGAGCAUGCUGGCUUCCUUCAGUAGGUUCUGUUGAACCUUGUGGUGUGUGACCAACCGAAGCACUUGAAGAAACUUCAGCAGCAGCAGACAGAAAAGAGAAUUGCUCUUAUGUGCAGACAGGAUGGAAUACGAGAAAACACAAUUAAACAGUUAAAAGAAGAGAAUUUGCACAAGUUUUGUAACAGAUUAGAAAACUUAGCUGAUGAAAAAAGAUUUAAUCGUCGGCUUGCCCUUGAGGCAAAAGAAAGAGAAUUAGAAGAAAAUCUUGAAUACAAAACACAGCUGCGCCAUCAGCUGAAGCAGCAAGAACAACAAGCUGAGAGCCUUGCAAAAGAAUUAAAGAGACGAAAUGAUGAAGUUUUCCGUGAUGAGAAGUUGCGUCAGCAGAUCAGACAAAACAGCCUAGAAAUUCGAGAGCUUGAAGAGAAAUUAAGGCUGGGUUAUUUAAAUAAAGUGCGUGCUGCUCAAAUAGCAGAGAAGCUGGCUAAUGAAUUUGACUCUCAGAAAGCUGAUAACUUGUUGGUGCAGGAAAUGCGAGACAACCUGAAGCGUGCUGAAGAAGAUGAUCAGAUGAAAGAAGAACAGCGCAUACUGGAGAAACGACUCUACCAGGAGCAGUUGGAUCAGCAGAUGGAAGAACAAAAGGAGAAGAAACGACUCAUGUAUGAGGAGUUUUUGAAAGAGAAGCUUAUGAUUGAUGAAAUUGUGCGCAAGAUUCACGAAGAAGACCAAAAGGAACGUGAAUGUCAAUUAGAAAAGAAAAGGGUAACACAAGCCUAUAUUGAAGAGUAUCUCCAUAACCGAGAAGUUUGGAAAGCUGAAGAAAAGCAAAAAAUGGAAGCAGAAAACCAAAGGAUCAUGGAAUUCAGUCGUGUUGUGGAUGACCGAGAGAAUAGGUAUUUACAGGAGAAGGCAGAAAGAGAUGCUGUCCAGGCUAAAAUUUAUCAAGCUUUAUCUGAGAAAAUUACUGAGCGUGAACAAGCUGAGAAAGAAUUGGAAAGAAUACGUCUGGAGUUGCACUUUGAAGAACAAGAAGAAAAGGCCAGACAAAAUGAAAAAGCUGCCUUGGAAAAAAAAUUACGACAGAGGCUUGAACUUCAAAAGAUGAAUGAAGAACAGUUGAGUAUGAAAGCUCUGAAAAAGAUGACUGAAGACGAAGAAGAAAGGAUGUUCCAAGAUCAGAUGAUGGCUAAAUUUGCUGAAGAUGACCGACUGGAGCAGAUGAACGCACAAAAACGACGCAUGAAGGUACAGGAACACAAGCGAGCAAUUGAAAGAUUGAUUGCAGAGAAGAGGGAGAAAAUUGCUAGAGAGAAGGAAGAGAAUGAAAUGGAACAGAAAGUAUUGCAAGAAAUGGCAAAUGAACGGCAAAAGAUCAUUGAAGAAGAAAGACAAAAACUACUGCAAGAGCAUGCCUCUAAAUUACUUGGUUACUUACCAAAGGGAGUAAUACAAGGACCAAAAGAUCUUGAAAACCUUGGAGCCAAUUUUCAGGCGGCUUACAGUAAACGCUGUGAAGAUCCUUUAGAAGAAUGCUAAUUAUGAAGUGUGAAAUUUGAAAGGAUAAAAACAAUGACAGAAAACAGGUAAAAUUAAAAAUGAAACUAUGAACUGCAAAGAUGAGUAGGAUUAUCUUAAAUCUCACAAUAUCUGUUUUUUUUGUUUUUGAAUUAAAUCUAUAUUCUUCUUGCUUUCUA